UGCUAUGGGAUGGGUGAAGAAGAAGAGAACCACUAUGUUUCACAGCUCAAGGAAGUCUACAGCAGCUGUGACACCACAGGGACAGGAUUUCUGGAUCGGGAAGAGCUGACCCAGCUGUGCCUUAAGCUUCAUCUGGAAAAGCAGCUGCCUAUCCUUCUGCAAACGCUUCUUGGAAAUGACCACUUUGCCAGGGUUAACUUUGAGGAAUUUAAGGAAGGCUUUGUGGCAGUGUUGUCAUCAAAUGCUGAUGCUGGCCCCUUGGAUGAAGACAGUAGUUCCUUGGAAUCUACUGCCUCGCGUGCUGUCCCACCAAAGUAUGUGAGCGGCUCUAAAUGGUAUGGUCGCUGGAGCCACCCUGAACCUGAGCCGUGUGGCUCUGCAACUGGAACCAAAUGUUUAACAGAACAGCAGACCGGGGCCACUGGGAGAGGCCAGCUCCACCGUGAUGCAUCUCUGGAAAGUGUGGAGAGUCUCAAGUCAGACGAAGAAGCUGAAAGUGCUAAAGAACCUCAGAAGGAGUUGUUUGAAGCACAAGGCCAGCUACCAGGUUGGGGUUCCGAGGUCUUCACAUGCCUCCAGAAGCCCUGCAGCCUCUCCUUGGACACCCCUCAGAGCCGGGUUCAAGACAUCUGGGAAGAGCUGGGUGUUGGCAGUAGUGGCCACCUCAACGAGCAGGAGUUGGCUGUAGUCUGUCAGAGCAUCGGACUCCAGGGACUGGAGAAGGAGGAACUGGAGGACCUGUUUAACAAACUGGAUCAAGAUGGAGACGGCAGAGUGAGUCUUGAGGAAUUCCAGCUUGGUCUAUUCAAUCAUGGGCCCACUUCACUUCCAGAGUCUUCCACUCCCAUCAAACCGUGCAUGUCCUGGUCUCAUUACCAGGUCUUGGAGGACGGCGGCUGCCAGACUGCCACGACGUCAUCCCUGGUGUCCAUGUGCUCAGGCCUGCGCCUCUUGUGCAGUAUUGACGAUGGCACCGGCUUUGCCUUUCCUGAGCAGCUUAUCAUGCUGUGGGCCCAGGAGGGGAUUCAGAAUGGCAGGGAAAUCUUACAGAGUCUUGACUUCAGUAUGGAUGAGAAGGUGGACCUUUUGGAGCUGACCUGGGCCCUUGAGAACGAGCUCAUGAUGGUUGGUGGUGCCACUCAGCAGGCAGCCUUGGCCUGCUACCGCCAGGAGCUGAGCUUCCGCCAGGGGCAAGUGGAGCAGAUGGCAAGGGAACGAGACAAGGCGAGGCAGGACCUGGAAAAAGCUGAGAAGAGAAACCUGGAGUUUGUGCAAGAGAUGGAUGACUGUCACUCUGCCCUAGAGCAGCUCACAGAGAAGAAGAUCCAACACCUGGAGCGGGGGUACCGGGAAAGACUGAGCCUCCUGCGGUCUGAGGUGGAGAGGGAUCGUGAGCUGUUCUGGGAGCAGACCUGCAGGCAGAGGGCUGUGCUGGAGAAGGACCUGGAGCGUCUGCGGGGUGAGGAGGCCAACCUACGUGAGAAGCUGACUCUGGCCCUGAAGGAAAACAGUCGAUUACAGAAGGAGAUUAUUGAAGUUGUGGAAAAGCUUUCAGAAUCAGAGAAGCUGGUCUUGAAAUUGCAGAAUGACCUGGAAUUUGUGUUGAAGGACAAGCUGGAGCCACAGAGCACAGAGCUUCUGGCUCAGGAGGAACGGUUUGCAGAGAUCCUAAAGGAGUACGAGCUCAAGUGCCGGGACCUGCAGGACCGCAAUGAUGAGCUGCAAGCUGCACUGGAAGGCCUGCAGGCUCAGCUGCCCAUGAGUUGGCGCAGUCGUCCACAUACACAACGAGAGGAACAGCUCCUCCCUGGACAUGGCCCAGCAGGCAUCACUUCAUUUGUGGGUGAUUGCAUUCCAGUGAGUUUAGAAACGGAGAUAAUGAUGGAGCAGGUGAAGGAACACUACCAAGACCUCAAGAUCCAGCUGGAGACCAAGGUAAAUUCCUAUGAAACGGAAAUGGAGGUGAUGAGAAGAAACUUUGCAAAGGAGAGGGAGGAAAUACAGCAGGCCUUCAGGCUUGAGGUCCGUGUGUUGGAGUGCCGGAGGGCCGACCUGGAGGUGCUACUCGCAAAGUCUCAGGAGCUCAUCCGAGGCCUGCAGGACCAGCUCCAGCAGGCUGCCCGCAGCCCCCUGAUGGAGAGGGCAGUGUUGGGGCAGUGCUGCGCACGGGCACUGUCUGACCCAGCCCAGCGGCUAGCCCAGGAGCAGGACCCACUGGAGCAGGAGCAACGCCAGAGGCAUCAGAAGGAGCUACAGCAAGUCAGGAUGUUGUAUUAUAUAACACAUAAGGAGAUGGAUAAAGGGAAAGAGGCAGAAGUUGAGUUGAACCACAAGCUCUCAAGGAUGGAAGCUCAGCAGGCUGCCCACUGUAAAGACUUAGCACUGCAGCCUCAGCAAGAGAAGGAAGAGGUGCUGCAGAGAUAUCUACUGCAAAUCCACGAGGUGACAGAGCAGCAUGAUCUGGAGAAGGAGCGGAAGGAGGACAAAGGGAAGGAGAUCCUCCCACUUUGUGGAAGGCAGCCGCUGAAGCAGCUGAAGCUGACGGGUGAGGAGGAGGUGCAACCAUGCAAGUCUUCUGCCCUAGAGAAGGAGAGACUCGAGCUUGCUUGUAGGAAGCAAGUGGGAAGGCUUGUGCAGGAAGAAGACAUGCUGAGGGCCUGCUUGAAGGAUGGACCAGCAGUGUCAGGUGGUGACCAAGAGGGUAUGGGCGGCCCCACACCCCUCUGUGCAGGCAGGAGAGAGCAGCCACUGGUGUGGCAGGAACCUGGUGCUGGGUAUGGCCAUGGGCAAGCUAGGUGCAGGGAUGUGCCAGGCCAUUACUUGUGCCAUGUGGACCCCAGGCAGAGCCCAGCCCUAGACCCUGCCCUGCCCUCCAGAGAGCCCUUGGAGAACCUUUGCCUCAGAGAAGAUGGUCAGGAUGUACUUGACCCCAAGGAGGUGGCUUCUGCUCCCCCAGGGAGGUGGUUACAGGUGCAUCAACGUGGGGUAGAUGAGAGAGCAGUCCUCGAGGAGCUGGUACCUCCUGCCCUUGGCCCAGCGAGUCUGAGUCAGCCUGAAGCCCAGGAGCUGCUCUGGAAAACAGAGGGAGAUGCCUCACCAGCUCAGAACCCGACACUGAGCAGAGGAGAGACUGAGAGGUGGCUGGCCAUUCUUGAACAAGCUGAGAACCUGAGUGGGGGGCUGGCCCCCAUGGCGAGCCAGGGGCAGGCCUUGGAGGAACAGGCCCAGUGUGGGGACAACACCCUGGAGCAGCAGCUGCAGCAUAGCAGGGAAAAGGCCAAGGAAGGCACCUUGCUCUCCCACCUACACCUUGCUGGCCCCCAGGCGGCCAGGCAGGAACAGCCUGAGGUCCUGCAGGAGGAAGAGGCCAACACGGCCCUGGAGCGAGAGAAGGAUGACAUGAAAACCAAACUUCUACAGCUGGAAUAUAUUGUUUGGGCUCUUGAGAAAGAAGCAGAUACAAGAGAGAACAACAGAAUAGAGUUGGAUAGGCUUUCUGAAGAAAAUACAUUGUUGAAAAAUGAGCUGGGAAGGAUUCAGCAAGAGCUUGAAGCUGCAGAAAAGACAAAUGACGCACAGAGGAAGGAAAUUGAAGCUUUAAAGAGAGACAACGAAAAGGCCUGCUCUGAAAUGGAAGAACUCAACAAACAGAAUCAGAAAUGUGAGGAUGAACUGUCCCAGCUCAAUCAUAAGGUCCUUCAGCUAGGAGAGGAGGCCUCUAUCCACCAAGCCCAAGACAAGAAGAACCACAUGAACAUUCAGCUUUUAACACAGAGAUUGGAGGAGGCCAGGCACCAGGACGAGCUGCAGAGUGAGCAAAUCCAAAAACUUGAACUUGAACUUGAACACAUGAAUCAGGAAUGUCAGAACCUGAGACUGUCACAGUCACAGCUGAGAGAGACCCUUGAAGAAAGUCAAAACCAGCUGCAUGGAGCCAACCUAAGGCUAAGGCUGGCACAGUCCCAGCACUCAGAAGAGGUCCACCAGCUGCAGGAGCAGAUGCAGUGGCUGGUGCCUCAGGAUCGCAUGGCCGAGCUGCAGCACCUACUAGAAGAAGAGCGGCAGGUGGCUCAGCAGCUCCGUGACGAGUGCAUUCUCCAGAAGGAGAAGGGGAGGCGGCUGGAAACACAGUGGGAAGAACGUGAAGAGGAGCUGAAAGACACUGAGGAGCGUCUGGAAGAAGUGGGAAGAGCUCUGAAGAACAUGGACAUGCUCCUCCAAGAGAAAGUAGCUGAGCUGAAGGAGCAGUUUGAAAAGAAUACAAAAUCUGAUUUGCUGCUCAAGGAGCUCUAUGUGGAAAAUGCUAACCUGACAAAGGCACUUCAGGUCACUGAAGAGAAGCUACGAGAUGCUGAGAAGAAAAAACGCAUCCUAGAAGAAAAAGUUAGAGCUCUCAACAGACUCAUCAGUAAGAUUGCUUUGGCUUCCCUCUCUGUGUGAAGAUUGCUUCUUUUCCUGGAAUUCAUUUUGAAAGAAUAUCUUUUAAAAUUAAGCCACCAUGAUGCCAUAAUAUCCUAGGGUUCAUUGGCCGUUCACCCUGGACAUAGGUUUCUGAUUCCUUGUUCAUCUCACACAUGUUUAAAAAUGUCUACUGUGCCAGCAGCUCAGGAAAUAGACAUGCUGGAAAACACUACAUUUUUAUUAGUGGUCCUGGGUAAUUUCUCUAGUAAAAUUCUCAGUUUUGCUGUUCAUUGGUGAAACAGAUUAUGGGGUGGAGGGGAGGCUGUCAGUGAAGUAAGACUGAAAGAAAAAUGGUAAAACCAAUCAAUUUCAAUUGUACUUUUGACCUUGGCUAUAGAGAGUAAAAUGAAAAAUAAGGGCUCUGAACAGUUUUACCUUUUCACUGUUACUGCUUUGGGUUUAGAUCAUUAUCAUUCUCAAGCUGGGUCUGUACAAAUAUUCUAGAAAGACUUCUUUCUAAGACUGUCAACCCUGAGAUCAAAGACUGUGGAGGGAAGCCCCCUCUUUGGGGACUGCUCUACUACAGGAAGAUGCUUGGAAAGUGUUCAUUUUAGGUCUGUGGACUCAGGGAUGAUGGUAUGUAUUGCGAAUGUAAUCUUUUCCUCAUCGAAAUGUCAUCACACUGGAAAUUGUAUUAUAUAUAAAGAAAAAAAGUAUAGUUUUAUAUCCAAAAUAUACAUAAGUUAUGGUUAUUUGGUUUAUGAGAGUAAAAUACUGUACA